UUUCUUGAGUUGUCGUGGCACUGCCCAAAUCUAAUUGGGGGGAAGGAAGGAACUUCAUAUUUCCUGCAGACUCUGCCACAGCGCCUUUUCGUGCUUUCUUAGAGCUGGUUUUGCCUUUCGUGGUCUUGAGAACCCUGGCUUUUGGUUCCCCAAUGUUGGUUAAGUGGGCAGGUUUUAAGUUAGGCGAUCUUCGGGCAGCCCUAGUCCCGGCGCUGGGUCUUUGCGCUGAGUCUUGGGACCACAGCCGGGGAGGCGGGGUCCUUCUCUGGGGCGGUCGCGCAAGCAGCGGAUGCGGGAAGCCGGAAUCCAGGCGUCAUGUACUACAAAUUUAGUGGCUUCACGCAGAAGUUGGCGGGAGCAUGGGCUUCGGAGGCCUAUAGCCCACAGGGAUUAAAGCCUGUGGUUCCCACAGAAGCACCACCUAUCAUAUUUGCCACACCAACUAAAGUGACCUCUGAUUCCACAGUGUAUGAUUAUGCUGGGAAAAACAGAGUUCCAGAGCUGCAGAAGUUUUUCCAGAAAGCUGAUGGUGUGCCCGUCUACCUGAAACGAGGCCUGCCUGACCAAAUGCUUUACCGGACCACCAUGGCGCUGACUGUGGGAGGGACCAUCUACUGCCUGAUCGCCCUCUACAUGGCUGCGCAGCCCAAAAAAUGAGUUAGGCUGCAGAGGACUGGUUUGUUUUUUUUGGCAUAAACCCUUUGAAUUUCGUUUUUCAUUGUUAAUUUUUUUUUUUUAACUUGGAUAGCUUAACAUUUUUAAAAAUGCAAGAAAAAUAGAUAUGAAGGCGAUAUUUUGGUUUGUUUAUGAAAUGCAUAUGGCUUGUCAGAGCUCAUUCCACAAUUAAAGCCAUUGUUUAAAGAAACGGUGCUGUGCUCUGUGUUUGUGCUCCUGAUUUCCCUGGAGGUUCUGGAUGAAAGUUGCACACAGACUUAUUAAUGUCAAUCUGUGCCUCAGGGACUUGAGGUUGCGUUUUUGAGCAUGGGGUGCAGAAGCCUUUCUGGAUUUGGAUGUGACUGUGGAAAGAAUACAGAAGCCAAGGCCAUAUGCAUAAAAUGAGGGCUUCGAGUUAGUAGUCACCUCGGGGAUUUUUUGCAUUUUGCAGUAAGAUGUUAAAAGAAGUUAUUUGUAACCUGCCUCUGUUCACUGGGCAGUUCAUUUCAAAGGGUUAUUUGCCUCACCUCCUAUCUUCAGUGAAAUCUUAUGUGUAAUUGUGUGUAUUUAUUCCACCAUGGGAACAGAGAACACCUGCUUAGUGUUGCACUUUAGACUGGUGUCUGUUUUAUUAAUACAGCUUUGCCACAAAUUCUCCUUUAUCUUUUAAAAAUGUUAUAGCUUUAAAUUAUGACUUAUUUUGACUGUGGAAUAAAUACAUGAAUGAAAAAUUUUAA